AGGACGAUGAUCGUACCAGAACAUAUAUCAGUCACAGGAGAGCCACUGAAGAGCGUCGGAUAUGAUAAUCAUACCACCGUGGAACGUGAACGUCUGAUGCAGAUGAUGAAUGUACCAGAUCGGAUAGUACUCACAGGUGGAGAUGGUUACAAAGGUUAUGAGGCACAACCAUUGGAGCUCAUGAAUGAUCAUAUCACUCAAGUGGGAGAGAAUGAUAUAAAGGACCUUCCAAACACCAUCACACUCAAAGAAAGCCCAUACCUGGACAGAGGCGAUCCUGCUGAUGAACCUGUACGAAGCGAAAAUUCCAUAGCAAUAGAAGAGAACCCUUUGCAAGAACUGAAGUUAAUGCGUCGUCAAAUUGGUCGUAUAUCGACGAGAUUGUACCAAUUGGAAGACGAAAUUGAGCAUCGUCGAUUUCGUGAUAAGAUAUCCCUUACUGCCAUUAUUGGACUUGCUGCUGCUGUUCUCCUUGCUUUACUGCGAAGAUAGACAUCGCAUCUCGAUUCGAUGGUCGCUCUGAUGAACUACUGUUGUGUUUCCGACUCUUGACACUAGUUGUAUUAACUUUUUUCGUAUGUGUUUCUAGUCGUAUUGCGAUGUUAAAUCAGUGUUUCUGUACAGGUUGGAUUUACGCUAAAUUUUAGUCUUGAUCGGUGUAGUUGGGUGUUAGGAGUAUAGGUCUGAUAGAAUGUUUCACAGUGUUCGGUAUUCUUCUAUUUGUCUUGAAUUGCUUACCUUACCAGAAAUUUAUGGUGCCAUUCUAAUGACGCAGCAUCGAUUUCUUUGGAAACGCACCCUCUCAAUGCAUAUUCUGUUCAGCGCUGUUCUACUCUGUAACUAUUAUAUCACUGUGAUAUAUACAUUAGCUAACUCUUAUUGAUUGAUACUCGUUAAACCUACAGUGUAAAGUUAUGGGAUAAAGAUAACUUGC